GUGCCCAAGCAUAAGGACGAUAUGGUGGAACGUGAAUUCAAUCAACUUCUUGAGUCCGCCAGUUAUCUAUCUCAUCAGCUAGACUUUAACUACGCCAACGAUGACCCUAUCUCGUUGGGCCGAGCACUUGAAUGGAUCAUUAAGCUGCAAGAGAAGGCGGUCAAAGAAAAACACGUACAACACUUGAUGAUGAUCGGCGAAGCACAACGAGGGGUCAUCGCAUAUCAGACCCAUGUUUCGGAAUUAUUAGGCAAAAUACAAACCUACAAAGAGACACAUUCAAAACUCAUAAAAUCACGUUCACAACGCAGUGGAGAUUGUGAUGCGCUUUGAUACACGUUCCACUCAUUUUGAGUGGACCAAAGCCUGUAAGGAGUAUGAUGAACUUAUCAAAGAAGAAAAGGCACUGCAAGCUAAAUUGAAGGAAAUUGAAAGCAACCCUCCUAGUGAUGUUUACGUCUACUCUAAGGAUCGUCAAAUACUGGACUGGCACUUUCCGAAUCUGGAGUUCGCAAUGCCACACCUCUCAGUAAUCUUCAGUACCUUUCUUUCGAUUAUAAUGUCGUUGAAAUCGCUUAACUUUUUUACACAAAUUUUGCAACUUUUGAGAAUACAUAUAUGUAAGCAGGGAAAAAGUCGUCAAAUUUUGCAUAGUUGUAAGAAACCUAAAUUUUUGUAAACCCUAAUAAUUAAUUUUUAACUUUUAAUAUACAUCAAAAGAAGGGUAAAUCGAUUACCUUUCUCUCGAUUGUAAUGUCGUGGAAAUCGCUUAACUUUUUUACACAAAUUUUGCAACUUUUGAGAACACAUAUAUGUAAGCAGGGAAAAAGUCGUCAAAUUUUGCAUAGUUGUAAGAAACCUAAAUUUUUGUAAACCCUAAUAAUUAAUUUUUAACUUUUAAUAUACAUCAAAAGAAGGGUAAAUCGAUUACCUUUUUCUCGAUUGUAAUGUCGUAGAAAUCGCUUAACUUUUUUACACAAAUUUUGCAACUUUUGCAUAAAUGAAAGGAAUAAUAAAUGAAUAAAGCAAAUAAAAAUCGUUGUUUUCAGCCCUGGCCUUUCAAAACUCCUGCUCUUCUAAAACCCAGAUAAAUGCAACGAAGGUUUUAUAUUUUCAAGCACAGAAUUUAUUUAGUUUUUAGUAUAUUUUCAAUUAAUUUCGCUUAUACAUAUACAUCAGAGAUCAUGAAUUAAACUCAUUUUGCAUUUAUAU